UUGUUACCGAUAUUAUUUUACAGGUUAUUAUAUACGUUAAGCGGAUAAUAUUCUAACAGAAUAUCGGAAUUAAAAAUGGCAGUUCCUAUCUUUUUUAAAAUUCUGGGAAUAUUCCUUAUCGUAUACUUAAUUUUCUCAAAUUCUUCUCUGAAUCUGGACUUCAAACCCGUUUCCUAUAAAAUUUCGCUUCCAAAAGCGUUUGAAGGACCCUUAACUGUAAACAAUAAUUUGAGUGACGCGGAACAUAUUUUUGAAGGACAAAUAACGAAACCAGAAUCGCUUGCUCUUCUAAAUGGAGUUAUUUAUACAGGAAUAUCAGAUGGAAGGAUAGUCAAAAUAGAAAAUAAUAAAAUUUCAACUGUAGCGCAGAUUGGAAACAAAUGCGAAGGAAUAUGGGAACAACAUAAAUGUGGCCGUGUCUUAGGCUUGAAAUUCGAUAGUAAGAACAGACUUCAUGUAGUCGAUGCGUAUUAUGGAGUGUAUGUUAUUGAUAUACAAACAGGUAAAGUCACUUCAUUACUAAAGUCGUCAGCCAUAAUUGAUGGAAAACAAUUGGUCUUCAUUAAUGACGUUGCCAUCGAUGAUGAUGGUAUUAUAUACAUAACAGAAUCAAGUAAUCGAUGGCCAUUAAGUAGAGUUUUGUACGUAGUCCUCGAACACGAAAGUACAGGACGAGUUAUUAAAUUUGACCCAAAGACUAAUAAUGCCACAGUCUUGAUCGAUGAUUUACACUUUCCAAAUGGGAUCAUUCUCUCUCAUGAUAAGAAAUCACUUCUAAUUGCUGAAACAAAUAAUCAUAGAAUCUUGAAAUAUAAUCUAGAUGCCAAAGCAUCAGAAAAGUUGGAAGUGUUCGUUGAGGGGUUACCAGGAGAACCAGACAAUUUGAGUUAUGGCACAAAGAACAGCUAUUGGGUAGGAUUAACUUCUGGUAGAAAUGCGUCCAAGCCAAAUUUGAUGGAUUUAACUUCCCAAUAUCCAAUAAUCAAGAAAAUAUUUGUUGAAUUUCUAUAUUUUGUUGGAUUCUUAUUUAGAAGCAUCUCUCAAUUUUUAUAUUCAGAGAGAUUCAAGACGUUAGCAUUUGAGACAGGGAGGACAAUUAAGAACUUCAGGUGUCAGUUGGGCAGAACAAGCACCUAAAAAGGAGCACAAAACUACUACGUCCACGUCGUUACUCCUGGGUAGUUUUUUUUUCUUGUUUUUUUAACUCUCCGCCCUGUGGGCACUAAGAGGGCCUCUUUUUGCAAGCCCAUUAUGGGUUCGGCCAGGCCCACAAUGGGGCUGCCGGGUGGCGUGGGACGGGGCCCGACAUAUCCGAACGGACCACCCCCCGAAAAAUUCCUGGGGAAUUUUCAACUUGUUCGGAUUCGAGCUCGGGUCCCCUAGAGCGGUAGGCUGCCACCUUGACAGCUCGGCCAUCCAGCUGCUACUCCUGCGUAGUGCGAAAAGUAGUGAAUGCAUUUAAAGAUGAAAGUAAUACAGUUGUAAAAACCAGUAAAUUGUCCUCCCUGUCUAUUCCAGUAAGAAAAUGUAUGGUUUCCCGUUAGAAUAAGCUUUUAAUUUUAACCUUAAAAUAAUCUUGAUCUUUGACCUAGACCUUAGGAUCAAGGGUAUAUCUGAAUGUAAAAUUUCCUGCUCUUUCCAUUUCCGGGGUCAAAAAUGUGUGUUCCCAUUGAAAAAACUGACUUGACUUCCAAAUGACCUUGAAGGUCAAGGUCACGUCUGAGGUCACCAAUUGCUUGCCCCUCGAUAUCCUACAACUUUUGUCUACACCUUUUUUCCAAAAUAAUGAGAUCCAAUUAAGAUAAUUCAUUGUCUCAAGAUAAAAAAAUACACCCCGUAUAUAUCGACUCUGAUUAAACCAAUUAGGACAUUUCACUUAAUAUGUCAGACAAUAUGUGAAUUUUAUUUUAUUUUCUCUCUCUGCAUGGCAGAACGACUUUUCCGUUCAUUUUUUGUAGCACUCUUAACUGUAAAGAAUCAUGCAUUUAACUACCACCAUAGCGAACUUCAUCUUAUUCCAAUACCAGAACGUGAAGCUUCCAUAAUACUGUUUAUAAUAGCGGCGACGUGUUUAACAAAUGAGGAAGAAACCGGAAGUAACUUACCACAACUAAGGGAUCAACGGCUGAUGAAUUCCCAAUUUAAAUGUUUUAUGUUUAAAAAUCUAACAAACUUUUCGGUUAUUCAGUUAAAAUACAUCAUCCCCAUAAAGGCAUUCUUGAUUCAAACCUACCUGCAUGCGACUGUAUUUUAAAACAAAACCUUCAGCAAAAAAAUCGACUCAACAUUAGGAAAAAUGUCUACAUUUAACAAGUGUAAAAUGAAUAAUUCUAACGUAUAUUAAUAAGCAUUAUUUAUUUUUAACACUUUCCUCCAUAUGACCACUAAGAGAGCCUUUUAAAUCACAUCCAUUGUGAAUUGCUGGUCAGAUGGCUGAGGCACUUAAGAUUCAGAUUACUCUUCUAGUAGACCAGCGAUUGAAUCCGAGCAGUCAGUAACUUUUAGGAAUUUUUGGUCUGUCCUUGAUACGUUAGGUCCCAUCCUUCACCAUCCAACUGUUCCAUUGUGCCUGGCCAAACCCACAAUGGAAGUAGAACCGAGUGCAAUCGGAGCCACCUUGUUA